CAAAGAUGUCUAUAAAUGAUCCAAAUCGAUUGAAUGCAAAUUAUAACAACAAUAUCCAUCGUCAACCUGGACAACCAGGAGGUGCUCCAAAUGCAAAUCAAUUGAAUAAUUUUGUACAGGGUAAUAAUCAAGUCAAUCCUCAAUUACAAAGAUCUCCAAUACCAGCUAAUAAUUCUCCACAAAAGAUUGGUCAAAAUCCAAUACCAGCUAACAAUCCUCUACAAAACAUUGGUCAAAAUCUAAUAACAGCUAACAAUCCUCCACAAAACAUUGGUCAAAAUCCAAUUCCACUUAAUAUUCCUCGAAACAUUCACCAAAAUCCAAUGCCAGCUAACAAUUCUCCACAGAACAUUGGUCAAAACCCAAUGCCAGCUAACAAUUCUCCACAAGCCAUUGGUCAAAAUCCAAUGCCACUUAAUAUUCCUCGAAACAUUCCUACACAAUCUGCACCAGUUCCGCAUGCUAUGAAUCAGCAAUUCAUUCCUGGAAUUAAUCAACAAUUUCUUGGUCAAAACAUGAGAACUUUACCAAAUCAUGCAAAUAAUUUUCGUCCAGGUUCAGGCGGAAAUCCCCAAAAUACAAAUAGACAAGGGAUGAACCCUCAACUUCAACAAAAUCCACUAGUCCAGCCAUUUACUCAACCUAUUCCAAACAUUCCUUCUCCUCAAAAUAUUACUCCAAACAUUGCUUCAAAUGGUGCACCAAAUUUUAUUCCUAACUCUGGCGGACAAGUCGCAUCUGGUUUUCAACACCAUCAAUUUAAUAACCAAACUCCCAAUAUUGCAUCAAAUCUUUCUGUACAAAUGCAACAACCUCUAAAUUCAAAUUAUAGUGGACCGCAAGAUGCCUCCCCACUUUCAAGUGGGGAAAAGACUCAAUUCCAAAAUUCUAAUG